CUUGGGCACCGGAGGAGCGCUCCUUUCAUCAUGUACGCGAUCUGUGCGCUGCUUGCGCUCCUGGUGUUUUUGCCGCCGCUGCUGCGCCACUCUUUUCCGUACUUCUGGCAGGAUGCGAAUUACUUGUUUCAGUACUUGCGCUGCGGAGUUCGGAUAUCCCGCUACUCCAAGAAGAAACCGUUCUACAGCGUACUGGACGGCUUUCUAGAACACGUAAAAAAACAGCCCGAAAAACCUUUCAUCAUCUUCGAGGACCAAGUGUUCAGCUACCAGGAGGCGGACCGGCACAGCAACAAAGUGGCUCGGGCUCUGCGGAAUCAUGCCGGCUUGAGCCCUGGGGAUUGCGUGGCGGUGUUUUUAGGGAACGAGCCUAACUUUCUGUGGACCUGGCUGGCCUUGGCCAAGUUGGGCUGUAUAGCCAGCCUGCUCAACUACAACAUCCGAGCCAAGUCGCUGCUGCAUUGCUUCACGUGCUGCGGGGCCAACGUGUUGCUCGUGGCUGCGGAACUGAAGUCGGCUGUUGAAGAGGUGCUGCCUACGCUCAGGGAGAAGAAUGUCUCCGUCUAUAUCUUCAGCGACACGUCCGACAACAAGGAUAUUCAGAGUCUUGGAGACAAAAUCAAUCAAGCCUCGGAUGAGCCUUUGCCCCAAUCCCUGAGGGACAGCAUUAAUUUUCACAGUAAAGCAGCAUACAUCUAUACGUCUGGCACCACAGGCCUCCCCAAGGCUGCAGUUAUCACUCAUCAUCGCCUCUGGGCAGCUUGCUUUCUUCAAGGAAUGUUGGGAGUAAAAUCUAACGACAUUAUCUAUAUCAACCUCCCUCUCUACCACAGCGCUGGCCUCUUGAUGGGUGUCCUUGGUGCAAUCGAAAGGGGCAUUACGAUUGUGUUAAGUCGGAAAUUUUCUACCUCGCAGUUUUGGAAUGACUGCCAAAAGCACAACGUCACCAUUAUCCAGUACGUCGGCGAAGUGUUACGGUACCUGUGCAAUACCCCAAAGAGUGACAGUGAUCGUCACCAUCGAGUCAGACUUGCCAUUGGUAACGGAGCCAGAAUGGACACCUGGAAGGAGUUCUUACAUCGAUUCGGAGACAUCCAAGUCUGUGAGUGCUAUGGCGCGACAGAGGGGAACGUUGGCUUUGUAAAUUACACUGGAAGAGUGGGAGCCAUUGGACGGGAGGUCUUUAUACACAAGAAAUUGUUUCCAUAUUCUCUUAUUAAGUACGAUACAGAGAGAGAAGAACCAGUGCGCAAUUCCCGUGGAUUUUGCAAAGAAGUUGAAAAAGGUGAAACGGGCCUCCUUGUAAUAAAAAUUACCAAAAUUGCCCCUUUCACUGGGUAUGCAAAAAACAGGGAACAGACCGAGAAGAAGCAAAUAAGAGAUGUCUUUAAAAAAGGAGAUGUGUACUUCAACAGCGGGGAUCUGCUAAAAGUUGACCAUGACAACUUUAUUUAUUUCCAGGACAGAAUUGGAGACACGUUCAGAUGGAAAGGAGAAAAUGUGGCCACCUCGGAGGUUGAGAGCAUUCUGAUUCUGGUGGACUGCAUUGCAGAGGCAAACGUCUAUGGCGUCCUUGUGCCAGGUCAUGAAGGGCGCACAGGAAUGGCUUCUGUUAAGUUGAAGGAGGGGAAGCAAUUCAAUGCUGGGGACAUUUUCACAACUGUUGCACAUCACUUGCCCACCUAUGCCAGGCCACGAUUUAUUAGAAUUCAGAACUCCAUUGAGGUGACAGGAACUCUGAAGCAACUGAAAGUGAAGCUGUCCAAAGAAGGCUUUAACAUGGACACAAUCAGGAAUCCAUUGUACUUUCUGGAUGACAAAGCCAAGACCUAUGUGCCAAUGACCCGCAGCAUCUAUGAGGCCAUUAUUAGCAAGCAAAUGAGACUCUGAGGUGACAAGUGCCACUUACUGAAUGAUUCACUCCUCUGACAGAAAAAAUUCAGUUCAGUUCAGUCUGUUUUGUGUAUAGCGCCCCUCACUGAGUGCAGGCUCAGAAUAUCCAUCCAUUCAUUUUCCAACCCGCUGAAUCCGAACACAGGGUCACGGGGGUCUGCUGGAGCCAAUCCCAGCCAACACAGGGCACAAGGCAGGAACUAAUCCUGGGCAGGGUGCCAACCCACCGCAGGACACCCGUGGCUCAGAAUAUUCACAGGUAAAUGCAGUUCCAAACUUUACAAGCGACUAAUUACAUAAUGAGUACUCGUGAAGACACAGAUUUGAUUAAGCACAAGGGAAGACAAAGCAGUUCUAAACCGAUUAAUAGACAUGGAGCCCAAGAAAAGGUUGUCAACAAAUAUAAUCGUUCAUAUAUGGCCAGUUCACAACAGAGGAAAACAAAAACUCCAGUCAGCAGGAGAAAAGAAACCUCUGGGGGGUUCACGGUCAGUUAUAACAGACAAAAUUCAGACACCACCAAAGUCCCGGAGACCUCGGCCAACUUACCACACACCACCUCUGGGGCAUUCUACAGCAGAGUCUGUGCCAGGACAUCUAAUAAGACGACAGAAUCGUUCCAUCUGAUGAUUCCAGGACUCCUAGCAUCACAAAUGUCUUUUCCAUGGGCUGUUGUAGUGCCACCGUUGGAGACCAAGAAGAAAAACAGAAUAGAGGAGAGUUCAAAAUUAUUGUAUUCAUUUAUCCUUUGCAAAACCACUAACUAGGCCUUUUAUAACAACAAGGUUAUUUUUUAUGACUUCAGUUAGUUUAAUAGUAAUUAUUCUGAAGUGACGUCAACCUCACACAUUUUUAUUAUUGCCAAUCAAAUGAAUACUUCAAAAUAUCUCUAAAAGCUUUUGAGGUAUUUUGAAAUUCAGUGUCCUUUUAACAUAUUUGAAAUACACCAUGAAACACGUGGUCCUCAAGUAAAGGUGGUUCACAGAGAACAAUAGUUUCUCAACCACUGGAUGCCCAGUAGGUUGUAAGUUGCUGUUGUUCAUAAUGCUUGUGGGUCACACAGUAGUUUGCGAGUUGUUUCAUGGUCCUACGAUGGUGCUUGUCCAAAAAUGCUCAGAGGAUUGCACCUGACUAAAUGCUCCCUAAUCUGAAAAUCGCUCAAAAUUCACCACAAUCAUGCUCGAUUUACCCAGGGGAGACUCUUGGUCGGUCACGAAAACAUUCAUGUGGGAAAAAGUGGGUCAUAACACUAAAAUGUUGAGAAACAGUGAUAUAGACUGUGCAGAGCGUCUUAUGUUAGAAAUACGAUAUGAGAUUUUGGCACAACUUUAAAAUCAAUUUACUGAGUAGGCCCAAAUUUCAGCUUCAUCGGCUAUCGUUUCAUGUGCACUAUGAGAGGGGAUGUUACGCCCGACAGCAUCUUACAACAUAAAUUUAGAAAUCAAUUAAUGCCAGAAAUUUGUAAGUGUGAGCCGUCACACAAGACGAUUUCUCAGGUUGACAUCAAAUUUCCCGAAAUUCAUUGUGUGGCGACUACAGUAAGUGUGCACUGUACAUUGGGUAAUGCCGUUCUUCUUCUUCUUCUAUUUAGGGGUUGCCACAGCAGAUCAUCCAUCUCCAUCUAUCCCUGUCUUCUACAUCAUUUUCUGACACACUGACUGCAUUUAUGUCCUCCCUCACCACAUCCAUAAACCUCCUAUUUGGCCUUCCUCUUUUCCUCCUGCCUGGCGCUUUCAUCCUCAACAUUCUUCUCCUGAUGUACCUCUCAUCUCUCCCCUGCAUGUGUCCAAACCAUCUCAAUCAAGUCUCUCCUCUCUUGGUCACCAAACUGUUGUACCUGUGUUGUCACUUUAAUAUACGUAUUUCUAAUUUCUGUCUGCCCUCUUUACUCCAAGCGAAAAUCAUAGCAUCUCAUUGAGUAUUGUGCUCAUAUUCACCUUUUUAAAUUCAUAAAGCUACCUAUCAUGUAGUGAAACAAACAACUGGAAGUCCAAUGACAAAAGUAUCUUAGGAAACAUCUACUGGAAGACUCUGAAAUAAACACACACAACGAUAAAAUACAUAGUUUACAUACGAGGUCUAUCCCAAACUUCUUAAAUAGGGUGCCAACGAGCAGACUCGCGUCUGGUGGCGUGUAGUGGUGACCUUGACCUUCAGCAUUCCUGCUUGCUCGAUCCUGCCACGUCAACUAGUCAUUGCGUACGUGCAGUACAGUGAGCUUGUCUCCUGUGCCUUUUGCGUAUUCUUGCAAGUUGAAAUGUGAAGGAUCUUGAAGAAGCAAAGUUUUACCAUGGAAUUCUGUGUGAAAUUAUUCAAAAAUGUUUAGCAAGAUUUUUCAGAUGUUGCGGCGAGUUUAUGGAGGGGACUGUCUGAGCCGCACACAAUGUCACGAGUGGUACUAACGUUUCGAAUCAGGCAGACAAUUUGAUUCAUCCUGGCAGGCAGUUCCAUAAACUGGACGGUGAGCACAUUGUACAAAUCGUCACCUAACUGUCCAUGAAGUUGCUGAAGAAGGAGGUAUCAGUAAAAGUUUGUGGUACACAAUUAUGACUGAAAAACUUGAAUAGAUGCAUCAUGUUGUUGCAAAAUUUGUGCCGCAUCUCUUGACAGAGGAGCAAGAAGUGAAGCGUGUCACAGCCAGUCAGGAGUUGUUAGAUCGUUCAAAUGCUGGUGAAGACAUUCUGUCAUAGCAGGUGGUGAAACGUGGCUGUACAUCCCCCUACGGACUCUUUUUUUUUGUUCCCGAAGUUGAAAUCCACCCUGAAUGUUCAAACAAUAGAAAAUUCACCAUGGGUCCUAUGCGACAUUCCAUAAAACAAAUUCUAAGAUGCAUUCCAGAAAUAGACAAACCGUCGGGAAUGACGUGUAAGACAAGUCUGAUUAAGUUGUGAGCAUAUUAAUAAAUGUUUAACAAAG